CCCGCCGUACACAACCGCCCCGGGCGGCAGUGCGCAGCCGUGGGAGCACCAGCGAAGCAUCAGCAAUCGCAGCCACAACGUCAACCCGCAGGAGCGCGCGCACGAAAAUUUCGUUGUCCCCCCGCGCUUCUUGACACCGCAGGGGGAGAAGGCGGACCGCGGGCGCCGUCGGGUGGCGUGCAGUACGGCUACCUGCCACCUUCGCGUCCUUUCGGUGCAGGAGCUCCGCACGCUGCAGAGGGGGAUCCUACCGAGGAGAAAAACCGGCUGUAUAGUUAUCAGUACAAUCUCCCAGCAGGGCGGGACCAAGGCCAACACCAACAACAAGUAGUCUACCGGGGAGACUUGGUGGCGUCAUCUUCGCGCGACGACCGUGCCGGCCCUGACACAUUACCCACACGUACGGGAGGACGAGGUGAUUUUGCAGCUCCAUUUCGCCGCGACGAGGGCGAUACUAGUGCUGGAAACAACUCGUACAUGGUACCGGAGGCCUUCCGCAGUCGCCACGCAUUGGAACAGGAGCUCAUGCAGCUCCGACAGCAACUGGAUCUACAAGCUGCCAGUGCAAUAUGCAAAGACAAACUCCACCACCUGGUACUUCACUGGAACUCCAAACUUUUGUGAGCUGUUCGUGCAUGAAGAGUGAGAGGCUGGUGAACAUCGCGCACUUUUUUCAGAAGCCUUUUGAUGCGAGAUGAGGUGGUAUGUUAUGGUCUGAUGCUUUUGUUUUCGACAAUAUAAACACGUUUUUUCGCAAUUUCGCGUCUCUGGCGGAAGAUGUCUGCACACGACCCACGUGCAGACACUCUCUACGUGUAGGCCGUGUGCAGAAACCUUCUUCAUCAGAAGCUCAUAGUGAGGACAGGGCCUGAGAAGUAGUUUUUCCUUUGGAUAUUAAAGCAGGAAUGUCAACACCGGUAUGACCCGCUCCAGCAGCAGAUCUGAAGGAACAGAGGGUUAUAAUCCGGGGGCGGUGUCGCUCAUGCAGCCCCGUGACUUGCUGGGUCCGGUCUCCUCGCAGGCAGCCCCGGGACAGUUUCUGGAGAACCGAAACGAAAUGGCGCUGCUCCUCGCGCAGGAAAUCCUGCAGCGCUACUACCCGCAACACCGGCAAGAAGCAGCCGCCGGCACAGCGGCAGGCGGCCGUGACGGAUCCGGGGGACACAUGGGCGGCACAGGAGCUCCUUCGCAGUUACUGGGAGACGUCGUAUAUGCUUUGCAAUUGCAUGAGUUCAGUAUACUUGUUCGCGUGCCAUGAUCAUGCAAACCCGAGCAAGAGCAGGCACUGAGAUUUCGGUGAUGCCCUCAAACCAUUUAUUUACGACACGACAUCGACAUCGACGGCUGUGUGCAGGAGCGACUAACUUCAAUACAUUCAUAGGAAGAUACUGGUCUAAUGAUCUAAACGCCGACAUAAUUCCGACUCUGCCGCAAGUUCAUUUCGCAACGUUAGUGCGACACGACAAAAAAGUUGACUAGAAGGCGGGCAGCUUCUGCUGCCAUAAGCAUAGAAGUGUUUCCUAGUGUCUGCUUCUGGUCAUGUACUGAAAUUAUCUGUGUACGAUUGAAAAUAGUAGGUGAAGCAGUGACCGAAGUUUCACAACGCACUUGAAAAACAGAGCCUAGCAAUUUUGCUUUCUUCUUGUUCGCGCUUGAAAAAUAGAGUUGUGAGAAAAAUUACGCAAAACUGAGAGAAAACGAACUCAGAUCCAUGUAUCUGUGUGCGUGAAUAGAGGUCUACUGAUGAACUAUUGCAAUGGAUAAUUUUGCCGGAGUGGUGGACGAGGAUUCGAUAUUGAGAGGAAAAAUCCCCCCUCCCCAUAUCGAAAAGGUAUGUUUCCGAAAAUUUGUCUUGCUGAUUUGAGACCACAAAUCACGUCUGUCUUGCAAGAAGACAAUUCCACAGGCCCUGCCGCAUUAUGCAGGCGGUUUGUGAUGCUGUUGGGCGUACAUCGUAGACGUUUCUCAUGCUAAGCGCCUAGGCCAAAACUUCUCUACUCAGGCUUGGCAGGAGCCUGCAGUCCUCUACUGCAAGACAAAGAACGUGACUUGCAUACGCAAAUCCACCAACAGAAGCUUCCGUUUGAUAUGGGGAGGGAGGAUUUUUCCUUGUGAUAUUCGACGCGCAGCAGUAUCAACACGACGUCGGUGCGACCGUUCGAGUUCUACGGGUCGGGUACAUCUUCGGACGCACCACCUGCUGCUCCGGGGGGUCGUGCAGCUGCUGUGACCCAGAUGGUGUUUCACGGUCCUCGCGCAGCACCUCACGCGGGACUGGAACCCUUUCCCGUCUUGCCCCACCAGGAUAUCACCCUCUUGCUGGACUUCAUUCGAGGCUCACUGGGAGGUAACGGAGUGGAACAAAGCCAAGUUUUGCCGCCGAGAGGUCAGCACUAUCCUCGAUGCAAAAGUGACGUCUACGCUGUCGGUUCUGUAGUGUUCUUGACGUCACGCCAGGACAAUCGAAAAUUUGCAAAAAACUUGUAGAGCGUGUUUCUGCUACUUGUGCUUCCCUACCUAGUUCUUUUUGCAUCGUGUAGUACUCGGUACGUUCUUGCACAGGAGAUGAUACUUUUGCGAUGCAUACCCAUACCUACCACCCGCCACCGGAGCCUCGGUCAUAG